GCUAGAGUUGGAGAUGGAGUUCCAAGCGGCGAAGCGGAGGAAGGCGCCUGGCCCCGAUGGUGUUCUCGAUGACCUGCUCACAAGGGCGCUCCUGGAGAGCCAGGUCGGGGGCUUGCCUAAACGAUCCGCCGACACGGCGGUGCAUCUGGUCCGUGAGUUCUGGGGCGCGUGUGACACGCACAAAGUGAGCUGCGCUGGCAUGUUUGUCGAUUUGAGGUCAGCGCUUCAUUCGGCGGUGAAGCAGUUCGCUUUGGCGUUGCCCACUGAGGACGCCGAUCUCGAGUACGUUCUGGACCGCAUGGAUCUCCCUCCCUUCCUGGUGGAUGCGAUGAGGGAGCAGCUCCGGGAGCCCCCCGGUUUGGACCCCCGUUUUGAGUCGGAGCAUCUUCGCGAUCUGCUUCGGCAGACCCCGCAGGCCCCGACGUGGGAGAUCAGCGGA